CGCCGGAUUGCUACCCUCACUUCGAGAAGGCUGUCGUGACUUCUGGGAACCUGAGGAACCACAGGGGUGAUUUAGAAGUUUAUCCAAGCAGUCGACCCAUCCAGUAGCACGCUGUGGCCCUUAGUGCUCUACGGUGUCAAGCCCCCUUCUGUGUGGAUUCCCACCCUGCAUUUUCCCACCCUGUGGUGCCCUGCCUCGGUGAAAAGUGCAGGCCUCACCCUCCUGCAUUAUGACUGUGGCCACGGGCGACCCCUCAGAUGAGGCGGCAGCACACCCUGGUCUUCCUCAGGACUAUGACCCCGGAACGGAGCAGGACUGCUGUGAGCGAGUGGUCAUCAACAUCUCGGGUCUGCGUUUUGAGACGCAGCUCAAGACCCUUUCGCAAUUCCCCGAAACAUUACUGGGGGACCCCAAGAAGCGCAUGAGGUACUUUGACCCGCUGAGGAACGAGUAUUUUUUUGAUAGAAGCCGACCCAGCUUUGACGCCAUCCUCUAUUAUUAUCAAUCGGGCGGAAGGUUGCGGAGACCCGUCAAUGUGACUUUGGACGUGUUCUCGGAGGAGAUCCGUUUUUAUGAGCUCGGAGAUGAAGCGAUUGAGUUAUUCAGGGAGGACGAGGGUUUUAUCAAGGAGGAGGAGAGGCCGUUGCCUGAAAAUGAGUUUCAGAAGCAGGUCUGGUUGCUGUUCGAGUAUCCAGAAAGUUCUGGGCCAGCCAGGAUUAUAGCGAUCAUAUCAGUCAUGGUCAUCCUUAUCUCCAUUGUCAGCUUCUGCCUGGAAACCUUGCCCAUCUUCCACAGCGAUGAGGAGGAGAUCAACAAAGCCCCCAUUCCCGGCAGUAACAUCACAACCAUUUACACAUCCAACUACUUCACAGACCCUUUCUUCAUUCUAGAGACGCUAUGCAUCAUCUGGUUCUCCUUUGAGUUCUUGGUGCGCUUUUUUGCCUGCCCUAGUAAAGCCAGCUUCUUUGUGAACAUAAUGAACAUGAUUGAUGUGGUGGCCAUCAUUCCUUACUUCAUUACACUGGGAACGGAGCUGGCGGAGACGGAAGCGGAAGAAGAGCCGCAAGGGCAACAAGCCAUGUCUCUUGCCAUCCUGAGGGUUAUAAGACUCGUACGAGUCUUCAGAAUCUUCAAACUUUCCCGUCACUCAAAGGGACUUCAGAUUCUUGGCCAAACACUCAAAGCCAGCAUGAGAGAAUUAGGUUUACUCAUCUUCUUCCUCUUCAUCGGAGUUAUCCUCUUUUCUAGCGCGGUCUACUUCGCAGAAGCUGACGAACCCGAGUCGCAGUUCUACAGCAUCCCGGAUGCCUUCUGGUGGGCUGUGGUUACAAUGACAACCGUCGGUUAUGGAGAUAUGGUGCCCACAACCAUUGGAGGAAAAAUUGUCGGAUCUCUCUGUGCCAUCGCUGGCGUCUUGACCAUUGCCCUUCCAGUGCCCGUCAUCGUCUCAAACUUCAACUACUUCUACCAUCGAGAAACAGAAGGUGAAGAGCAAGCACAGUAUCUCCAGGUUAGCGCCCUCAAAGCCGAUUCCCAAGAAGAGCUGAAGGGAAGUCGAAGUGGAUCCACCAUCAGCAAGUCCGACUACCUUGAGAUCCAAGAAGGUGUCAACAACAGCAACGAGGACAUUCAGGACGAGAACCUCAAGACAGCCAAUUGCACUUUAGCCAAUACAAAUUAUGUUAAUAUCAAAAAAAUGCUGACAGAUGUCUAGUCAUUUGGGGAGCAGAUCCAACUUGAAUUUAAAAAGGACUAGUAAACUGUGUUCGAAGG